UUUAUUUUUAUAGUUUACAGACAGAAAAAUAAUGUAUUCUGGGAGAAGUUCCUCUGGCUGAGAUUGCUUUCCGCGCAAUGCCUUGUGGGUGGUGAUACGUCACCCGGACGCCAUAGCUGUUAGUGCACCGGGUGAAGGAGAGAUCCAGGAGUCAUGAGAGGAAUCCGGUCCCUAAAUAAUUUCUCGAAACGCUGCUAUGCUGCUGCUAGACGAAGGGAAGCUCUUACUGAGCCGUUAGAAAGCAUAAAACCCUCCAAAGCUGCACCUCUCCCUCCACAAGAUGUCCAGGUGUCAAAACUCCUAAAUGGUUUGGUGAUAGCAUCAAUAGAAAACUACUCUCCUGUUUCCAGUGUCGGAGUGUUUGUGAAAGCUGGGAGUCGCUAUGAGACUGCAGAAAACCAAGGUGUUUCUCAUGUGUUGCGACUGGCAGCCAACCUGACAACAAAGGGAGCAUCUGCAUUCAAGAUCUGUCGUGGGGUUGAAGCAAUGGGGGGAAGCCUGAGUGUGAAAACAUCUCGAGAGGCCAUGAUCUACACCGCAGAUUGCCUAAGAGAUGACUUAGAUUCUCUGUUGGAGUUUCUACUCAAUGUGACAGCAGCUCAGGAGUUCCGGCCAUGGGAGGUACAAGACCUGAUAUCCAGAGUGAUUAUUGACAAGGCUCUGGCUCAGCAGUGUCCUCAGAUCGGUGUAAUUGAAAAGUUGCACGAAGCAGCAUACAAAAACGCCCUCUCCAACUCCCUGUACUGCCCUGAUUACAUGGUCGGUCGGAUCUCAUCUGAACAGCUACAGUCAUUUGUUGGUGAUCAUUUCACCACUGGCCGAAUGGCUUUAGUAGGACUCGGCGUAAAUCACUCUAACCUUAGGCAAGUGGCUGAGGGUCUCCUGAGUGUCCGCGGUGGAGCCGGAGCGCCUGUGGCUAAAGCUUUGUAUCGUGGAGGUGAGCUUAGAGUGCAGAACAACGACGACCUGGUGCACGCGCUGAUCGUCAGUGAAGGUGGGGUGAUAGGCAGUCCCGAGGCUAAUGCCUUCAGUGUGCUGCAAAGGAUCCUGGGAGCAGGACCCCAUGUGAAGAGGGGGUCCAGCAUCACCAGUAAACUGAGCCAGGGUAUUGCCAAAGCUACAACAAAGCCAUUUGAUGCCACCGCCUUCAAUGCCUCAUACUCUGACUCUGGCCUGUUUGGCGUCUAUACCAUUUCACAGGCUGACUCUGCAGGAGAGGUGAUCAAAGCUGCUUUGAGUCAAGUGAAAGGUGUAGCACAGGGAAAUUUGUCAGCAGCUGACAUCACUAGAGCAAAAAAUCAGGUGAAAGCAGAGUAUCUUAUGUCGAUCGAAGGCUCUGAUGGAUUGAUGGAGGAAGUCGGCACUCAGGUUCUGACCAGCGCAGCAUACCAGGCUCCUGACGCCGUCCUCCAGGCUAUAGAAGCAGUCAGCCAAGACGCUGUAGUCCAGGCUGCUAAAAAGUUUGUAGACGGAACAAAGACGAUGGCAGCAAGUGGACACCUCACUAACACACCUUUCGUGGAUGAAAUAUGAAAAUCCAAAACUUCAUGAACAAUCUCUUUUAUCUCUGGCUUGUUAUGUCCAAAGAUUUCCAAAGUGAGACAACUCAAAAGCUGCAACAUUUUGCAGUAAAUCACUAAAUGUCAGUAAUUAUUUACUUGUCUUCCCGUUUGUGCACACACAGAGAGCCACAGAAUUAUAAUAAAGUUUGUCUUCUGGGUUUUUUGUUGAUUUACGUGUCUAUCAAUGUAAAAUAACAGUAAACCCGAUGACUCUUGAAUUCUGUAUCAAGUUUUAGUUUGAUAAAUGAUGAGAACUGCUCUGCAUUAAAUAACUGAUUCCAAACUACA